AUGAUCAACACCUUUCAACUCCCACAAUCGCACCAUCUCCACGCAUUCAAUAAAAAUCUAAAUUCACUGCCAUCCAACCACAUUCACACCCUAAACACAUCUCUAAUCCGUCUUAAAUCCUUUUAUCUCCUUCUACUUGACAAUGGCCUUGAUAGCGUCAACAAAUCAAGCUUUGAUGCUGUUAAUCAUUAUUUAUUGAGCAUCGGUUUACCUGGUGUUGAUCAGCAUUCUAUUUAUUCUAUAAACGCUCAAUUGGAAUUAUUAGAUGAGGUGUACACGUUGGUUGAUAAUUGGAUUCACUUUGGUGGUGGUGGCAGUGGUAGCAGUGAUAGUAGUAACAGUGCUGGUGGUAUUCCUCCUAUUAGUUCCACUGAUUCCACUGAUUCCAUUUUUUCCAAUAUCAACAACACACAACAGCAGCCACCACAGCAGCCACCACAGCAACCACCACAGCAGCCACAGCAGCAGCCACCACAACCACCACAACCACCUCCUCGCAACGACAGCUACAUCGUCAUCAACUUAUCCACUCUUACCCCACUCGUCCUCCCCCUCCUUUUCCUCCUUUUCAAGUGUGGUCUCAUGCUCUACAUCUUCUGCAGACACGGUAGUUGGCCACGUAAGAUAAUCAUGGCUGUACUCACUAUUGGUUAUUCUAUAUGGGAAGCCACUCGAUUUGUCCACGUACGCAGACACAUUAUAAAUCCACCUAAUCAAGGUGUACAAGGUAGACAGCAGAAUGGCCAGGCUAACGCGUUAAACAAUCCUAACAAUGCAUACGACGCACUCAACCAAGCAGCCCAACAAGCGCGAGCGAAUGGUAAUGGCAACGACAACGACAACACCGCGCAAGCUCCACAUCCACAUCCUACUAACCCACUCAAUCCACUUAGCGCACUAGAUCAGGCGUUGGACAGAGUCGCUCACCUUAACCUGCACUAUGAGGCGCAACGCCUGCGCAUUCCAGGCCCAGUGCCCACCAACACCCCUCUCCCACCAUACCCAGCAACGCGAAUGGCAGCGUCACAGCAACGUCCACCCCGCCAUCCAAUGUGGUGGACUAGACUCAUAGUGCCUGCGCUACUCGCUAUUCUCACUCUCUUUCCAGAGGUUGAGAGGAGACGGUCUCGCGCACUUAAAUGGCGCUAUUCGGCUUUUAAGUCAAUUAAAGCUGCUGAGAGGCUCAGGAGGGAGCGCAGACAUGAAGAGCGUGAAGAGCGUGAGGAGCGUGAGAGGGGAGAGCAGAGGGGAGAGCAGAAUGAGCAGAAUGAUCAGAGGGAGACGAUGAGCCACACUUAUCAACAGACUCACCACUCUCAUGAUUGUCACGCACGCCCUUCACAAGCACCUUCCGCUGAGACACCAGAUAUCGACGAGCAAGAUGAGCAAGUUGCUGAGCAGGCUCAGGUGGAGAAUUGGGAGGAGUAG